CUCUCCUAUGCUCUCUCUUUUUUUUUUUUUUCUGUCUGCAUUUAUUUUCUUAAAUUUUUGUGCUAGGGGGGCUCUCGCAGCCUGCCCAUUUUUUGACUUCUGCUGCUUUGGAAAAAGUGUUACUGAGGUGAGGGAUUAAUGGAUGCUUGUACCUGCAAAUACACUUUGAUCUUCAUGCUGAAAGAUGUGUAAUAUGACACUGCCUGACUGAUGAAUUCAGCAGGAGAUGCAGGUCUGAGUUAGAUAGAGAUCAAAACAUCAACUACGGAUAUUUUUGGAAAUGAACACCUCACAUCAUCAUGGACUGCAUCAUUCUUACCGGAAUCACAGCCAAGGAGCUUUUCCGGUGGGGAAGGCUGCUCAGGGUGAGAGGGGAUCAACUUCUGGAUGCUAUGAGCAGCUUCUCAUCUCCACAGAGGUGUUCCUUACACUUGGGCUUGUCAGUCUCCUGGAGAACAUUCUGGUGAUUGCUGCAAUCAUCAAGAACAAGAACCUUCAUUCCCCCAUGUACUUCUUCAUCUGCAGCCUGGCUGUAGCAGACUUGUUGGUCAGUGUCUCUAAUGCUUCUGAGACAGUGGUCAUGGCACUUAUCACGGGGGGCAACCUGACCAAUCGUGAGAGCAUCAUCAAGAACAUGGACAACAUUUUUGAUUCAAUGAUCUGCAGCUCACUGUUAGCCUCCAUUUGGAGUUUGUUAGCCAUUGCAGUGGACCGUUACAUCACAAUCUUCUACGCUUUGAGGUACCACAACAUCAUGACCCAGCGGCGGGCCGGCAUCAUAAUUACCUGCAUCUGGACUUUCUGCACGGUCUCUGGUGUGCUCUUUAUUGUGUACUCAGAGAGCACCACUGUUCUGAUCUGCCUUAUUAGUAUGUUCUUUACCAUGUUGGCUCUCAUGGCUUCACUCUACGUCCACAUGUUUCUCCUCGCCCGACUGCAUAUGAAGCGCAUUGCCGCCCUUCCUGGUAAUGGCCCUAUAUGGCAGGCAGCGAAUAUGAAGGGUGCCAUCACUAUUACCAUACUGCUGGGGGUUUUUGUGGUUUGCUGGGCUCCGUUCUUCUUGCACCUCAUCCUCAUGAUCUCCUGCCCAAGAAACCCCUACUGUGUCUGCUUCAUGUCCCACUUCAACAUGUAUCUAAUUCUCAUUAUGUGCAACUCAGUCAUUGACCCUCUCAUCUAUGCCUUCAGGAGUCAAGAAAUGAGGAAGACCUUUAAGGAAAUCUGCUGCUGCUGGUAUGGACUGACCUCUCUCUGUGUGUAAGCUUGUACACUCUGUUAGUAGUGUAAGGUUUUUGGUCCCUUUUUAAAUUAGGUGUCUUUAACUUCUACAUUACUUAAGUAAUUGCAUAAAAAAUAUUAAGCAUUUGAUUUUUGACUUGAUUUAUUGUGUACAUAUGUUUUGUUAAUCUGAUUUCCAGAUUAUAUUUAUAUUAAGUACAGUACAUGCAUCUGUAAUUACACUAAUGACAAUAGCCUAAUGCCUAAUCCUAACCCCUGAACCUACCCUUAACCUGUACCCCUACCUCGGUAGUAGCAAAUGCAAAUUUUACGUGAGUUUUGCCACACAACACGUAUGUAGGCUACACUACAAGUAACACUGUAUCAAAUGCUUAUUUUUUUAUGUAAAAAGUAGUUAAAGACUAAAGAUUAAAGACUAAAAAUAUAAAGUGCGACAAGUGUUUUAUUGUUGUUAAGGCACUAAACGCUAAUUGUGAAAUGUUGGUAUGCCUUGCAAGACAGUGCUUAGCAACCAUUGCUGGAUGAUGCUGAGAAUGUAGAUCUGAUUGUAGGGCAGUGGUCUGUUGUGCGGUUAUACUGUGCACAUAAUUUGAUACCAAAUGCAACCACCACAUAAAUGUGAUACUAUGCUUGUGCUGACCAUAAAAAUGAAACCCUGAAAUAGGUGCACAUACUGCAAUGAGCUCAUGUUAAUGAUUCAGUAAGUGUCAGUAUUUUUUUCAUUCAUAGACAUUACAGUGUCUAUUUAUGUAUACCAGUCACAUUAAUUUUUGUCUGCUGAAUAUGAUAUAUUCAAAAUGUGAUGAGGCAUCAAUACUUAAAAGCUUUUUAUAAAAGAAGAUUCAAGAGGCUGUGUGUGGUUGUGAUUCAAUGAUUCAAGCACCUGUAUUAUAUUUGGCAACUGUUGUUUUUUAUGCAAUUCUCUAGCUUGAUGACCAUUGUUGCUUGAUAAACAUACAGAGUGUUUAGUAAAUUCAUGCUUAUUUUUAUAUUUUAUAAGUUGAGAUAAAUCUAUUUUUAAUUGUUGAAAUACCAUUUCAU